AUGAUCUCCCGCCUACUGACCCUAGCCUUGCUCGCGGGCGUGGGCACUGCCUUGCCAGCCCCAGGCUCUGCGCUCCAACAACUUCUUCGAUUGCCCGCCGGCUCGCCCGCCGAGGUGUUUGGCGAUCCGCCCUUUACCCCUGGCCAUCGUGACCCUUAUGACCACAAAGUCGACUCGGUCGGCGAAGGCCUAGAACCCCUGCCGUAUCGCAAUGGUGAUGGCACGACCGUCAUGGGCCCGCGAAACAAGGAUCGCGAGCGUCAGAAUCCAGACUUGGUGCGCCCGCCCAGUACGGAUCAUGGAAGCCUGUCCAACAUGCGAUGGAGCUUUGCGGAUAGUCACAUUCGGAUUGAGGAAGGAGGAUGGACGCGGCAGACGACAAUCCGCGAGCUCCCGACCAGCCGCGAACUGGCGGGGGUGAACAUGCGCUUGGAUGAAGGCGUUAUCCGUGAGCUGCACUGGCACACCGAGGCCGAGUGGGCCUACGUGCUGGCCGGAGAAGUGCGAGUAACCGCGCUGGACCCGGACGGGGGUAGUUUCAUGGAUGACCUGGCGGAAGGCGAUUUAUGGUACUUCCCAGCUGGGCAUCCGCACUCUCUCCAGGGUUUAGGCCCCAACGGCACCGAAUUUCUGCUCAUCUUUGACGAUGGGCACUUUUCCGAGGAAUCGACCUUUUUGUUGACGGACUGGAUGGCGCACACCCCCAAGGCCGUGCUUGCGGAAAACUUCCGCCUCAAGCCAGAGGCAUUCGAUAAGAUCCCGACCUCAGAGAAGUACAUCUUUCAAGGCUCAAAGCCGGGAAAAAUCGAGCACGAGAAACCCCGCGGCUUCAAACAGUCGAAGCUUCGGUUUACACACCAUAUGCACGCCCAGGAUCCGAUCCGUACUUCCGGGGGCAACGUGCGCAUCACGGACUCGACCAACUUUCCCAUCUCCAAGACGGUGGCGGCAGCCCAUCUAGAGAUCGAGCCUGGUGCAUUGCGCGAGAUGCACUGGCACCCUAAUGCGGAUGAGUGGACUUACUUCAAGCGCGGCCGCGCUCGUGUCACGAUCUUUGCGGCAGAGGGUAACGCCCGCACAUUCGACUACAUGGCGGGCGACGUUGGCAUCGUGCCGCGAAAUAUGGGUCAUUUCAUCGAGAAUUUGAGCGACGACGAGCCGCUGGAGGUGUUGGAAAUUUUUCGAACCGAUAAAUUCCAGGACUUUUCCCUUUUCCAGUGGCUGGGCGAGACUCCUCGACGGAUGGUGGCAGAGCAUAUCUUUGCAGGGGACCCUAAGACAGCCGAUGCCUUCCUCAAAAAGAUUGAGGGCGCGGAAAAGGACCCCAUAAAGGAUACCAAGUAG